AUGGCCGAGAAGCGACGUUCACCGUGCGCGCUCAGCGUUAAGGCGCACGCCUUCUCGGUGGAGGCGCUCAUCGGGGCCGAGAAGAGGCGCAGGACGGCUGGAGAAGGCGCGACGUCGCCCGGCUACGACGUCCCGAGAACAGUCGCCAGUCCGGAGCCUCCGCCGGCGGGCAGAGUGCACGGCAGCGAGGCGGAAUAUGCCAGCGACGGAUCCCAGAGCGAAGACGCGCUCCUGGGGAGUCCGCAACUCGCAGCCGUUUGCGGGACCGGGAGCGAGGACCCACGCGUGGACCUACAGGGCUCGGACCUGUGGAAACGCUUCCACGAGAUCGGCACGGAGAUGAUCAUCACGAAAGCUGGAAGGCGAAUGUUCCCUGCCAUGCGUGUGAAAAUGUCCGGUUUAGAUCCACAUCAGCAAUAUUACAUCGCCAUGGAUAUCAUCCCCGUGGACAACAAACGAUACAGGUACGUGUACCAUAGCUCCAAAUGGAUGGUGGCGGGCAACGCCGACUCUCCGGUGCCACCGCGGGUCUACAUCCACCCGGACUCGCCCGCCUCAGGGGAGACGUGGAUGAGGCAGGUGGUCAGCUUCGACAAGCUCAAACUCACCAACAACGAGCUGGACGACCAGGGACAUAUAAUCCUGCAUUCCAUGCACAAGUACCAGCCGCGGGUGCACGUGAUUCGGAAGGAGUGCGGUGAGGAGUUGUCCCCGGUGAAGGCCGUACCCGCUGGGGAGGGCACGUGCACCUUCUCUUUCCCCGAGACCGUCUUCACCACCGUCACGGCGUACCAGAACCAGCAGAUAACCAGGCUGAAAAUUGACAGGAACCCUUUUGCCAAAGGCUUCAGAGACUCUGGAAGGAAUCGGAUGGGCCUGGAAGCCCUGGUGGAGUCGUAUGCCUUCUGGCGGCCAUCUUUGCGGACGCUAACCUUCGAGGACAUCCCUGGCAUGACCAAACAAGGACUCCAAGGAGGCCAUGGAGGUGUCGGUCCAUCACCUCAUUUGCUAUCACCCUCGCCCUGCUCGUCGCCCUUCCAGGUGUGUCCCCUCAGCCCGGGCGACUUCACCUGCAGUCGCCCAGCCCUCCCGCUCCACCGCUACGCCGCCCCUCCGGAGCCCUUCCCGCCGCCCCGAGGCCCGGCGUCCUACGAGGGCGACGCCUUCUGCACCCUGCCGCUCUCCACGUCGCAACUGGGCUACCUGUCCGGCCCCGCCCCGCAGGGCUAUGCCGGCCUCCGCCUUCACACGCCUCACUACGGCCUAUACGGCUACACCUUCCCGUCGUCCCCCCGCCUGGCCGCCAGUCCGGACAAAAUGAGUGCUGUUGCCGCCGCCAACCAACAGAUCACCCCACUUGGCUCGUGCCCUAAUGGGACGCUAACGGACAGCCUAGGGGUGCUUGCCGCCGGACAGCAGGGCUUCUUAUUCGACUCUCGGACUUUGGGGCUAGCAGGCAGCCCGUCGGGGAGCGGGGGCUCGCAAGUCGCCGCCCACCUGGGCUGAAAUUGUUUACCGUGCAUCCGACAUACGACACUCAGGAAGGCCUCGAAACGCUUAUCCAUAUUAGGGUGAGUGCAAACCUAUUGCAGUUGACUUUUGAAUGGUUACACCCUGGACAUGUCGGCAGCUAAUCAAAGUGAUAACACAACGACGGGGGUGAAAACUGGAAGUGAUUAUGGAAGAAGGAAGUCCGGUGAGUUGAAGUGAGCACUUUGUUUCCAUGCUUCCUCACAGCCACGCACUGAGUGUGUAUCGUGGCUGGAAGGCGAGAACAUAACGGGGGGGGGGAGGUACCCGUGGCACUUAUGCACCUGCUCUUUGACCUUGAACUUGUUUGUUAGAGACUCUUCUUACACAUACGCUCUUGGCCCAAUUAUAUAAAUAUACACACAUGCACACAUCUAUUCAUGCCAACAGCUUUUGUACGCAACUAAUUUAACUGACAGCACAGCCAAUUGUUGACUUGUCAUACCACCUUUUGUUUCAUCUUAAUCAAUUACAAUAUUUACAAUAUGAACAUUUACUUGUGGGCUGCCUUUUAAUGUGGGUUUAAGAUGAAACGUUGAUACUGCUCAGGUUUUCACAUUGGUACACUUCUAAGCGUACAAAACUUGAAAUGAGAGUGUAGACAUGCAACACUACUCCUUGUUCAUUUAAGACAACAUAGCAUUUGUUGUCUACCGCAUUUAUGAAAGGAGAAAUGAACAUUUUUAUACUUGGAGUCAUAACUCUACAGCGUAAUGACUGCCGAGAGAGCCUAUGAAUGAUUUAUAGCGAAUACUUUGCACAUACACGCGCAAACACACACUUCGCAGGGACGCGUCGCUUACAUUUUCCAUGGCCCCCAACACCAUCCUUGACAUCUCUGGUCAACUGGCCCAAACCCUGAUCUAAUUCCAACAGAAGCCAUAAACAGCCAGCGUUGCGUAACGGCGUAAAUGGACAAUGUGUGUGCCCACCCCCCAACCGAGCGCUGGCUCACAAGAGAGCAAGGGCGUACGCCAAGGAGGGUGUGAAGGUGCGAAUGUGCGUGGCAACAGGUGGUUGAGACGUCUCAAAAGGUCACGCUGAUCCCAGAAAAUGCAAAAGGAGCCCCGCCGCCCCCUCGACGCAUACUCCAUGAGAGCGUUAGCCAAGUUAUUCUAAUGCUAACACAUGUACUGUAGCUUAAAU